ACAGGCCACCAACGGCAGGGUGCCUGUGGUCCUAGAGGACAACAUCAGCCAUCUGCACGCGCUCCAGGAGGACAUCCAGAGGAUGCGGCAGCUGACGGCGGCCGGAGACCGCGGAGCACACAAGUGUGGCCACCGAUGGGCAGCUGCCGCCGCCGGCCGGCCGCCGCCGCUCCGUCCCGGCGGUAGAGCGCUCCGCAGCGUCCCGCUGAGCUCCGCCGCCCGUCUGAGGAGCCCGCCAUGCAGGAGCGGUGGCGGAGCGGCACGGCCGUGCCUCUGUCGCUGCCGGCGCCCACCGGCGGGCCGCCGCCACAGCUGCUGCUCAGUCCGCGCUCCAAGCAGCCGCCCGAGCUGCCGCCGCCCUCGCCGCCGACUCCGCCCAAACUGCGCACACCGCCGCCGCUGUCAGUCAACGGAGCCCGCCGCAGCCCCUGGAAACGCGUCAAACUGCUGUGCCACGUGCUGCUCUGGAAGUCCGUGACAUCCACAGCGGCGCGCGACAGCAGCAACGCGCUGGUGGUCCACCGGCGCUACACCCGACUCAGUUCGUCGUGUCCGUCGCUGAACCAGGAGUCGGACGAGGACCCCACGGACACACUGCCCUCCAUACAGGUCACCGCACACGACACGGCUCAGCACCUGUCCGCACUGCCCGGCGAUGACCGCAGGAAGAGCUGGUCGGGACGGGACGGCGGCGACGGCGGUCUCCGUAGCAGUGUCAGUCUCAGCAGUCUGGACUCGGACGCUGACGACGCCAGUCCCGGUGGCCAGACACGCAGUCCCAGCAAACAAGAUGACCUGCGGCUGGCGGCCGGUGUCGGCUCUGGUGUCAGUGUCAGCACCGAUGAGCUCCGCUCGGCCGGACAGGCGGGCGGCGUUCCCCUUCAGGGCAAGCACGGCCGGUCGGCUGUCGAGCCGCGCUCCAAGAUGCAGAAGUCCGUCUCCACACCGUCUAUGCUGGGCCAGCACCGAGACGGGUCGGAGGUUGACGCCGGAAAACUGACUAGCGGCCUGCUCAGUAACGACUCUGAUGACGACGAGGAGCGUCAGGAGCUGGCUUCGCUCCGCGGCGGCGCCGCCUCCGCCGACAACUUUAUCAGAGACCCGUCGUUCUUGGAGGAUGACCGCAACAAGCAGCGACGGAAGAGAAGCAGCAUCUUCUUCCGCAAGAAGAAGGACAAGGAGAAGGCGAAGCCGAAGCAGACGCAGUCUCUGACGCUGCUGCAGCGCGGCUCGCAGGCGGUGGCCAGCGGCCGGUGGCUCAACAACACCACGCUGGCCGCGCCCAAGGUCUCCCCGCCGAUCGUCGACAUGGGACGCAAUAAAUCAACGUCCGAUAUGGAGGACCCUCUGCUGCAAUACGACGCCUCAAACUUCGGAGAUCCUUUUGACACACCGGUCAUGUCGCUUGGUGACUCUGUGGAUGACCCCGACCUGAAGCUGCUCGAUGAGGAGUCAGAGGCGUGGAGCGGCUCCGUCGACCGAAAGAUUCUGAAAGGCCUCACCGAGAAGCAGAUCAAGCGACAAGAGCACGUGUACGAGUUCGUUAUGACCGAGAAACACCACUGCGUCACACUCAAGGUCAUGCAAUGGGUGUUCGCUGAGGGCAUGCGGAAGGAGCUGGGCUACACAGCAGAGAUGGUCAACCGGCUCUUCCCCCGGCUGGACGACCUGAUCGCCGUACACAUGACGUUCCUGCGUCACCUGCGCGAGCGGCAGCGGCGCUCGCUCUACGUGGAGGAGUUUGGUGACCUGCUGCUGGACGAUUUCGGCGGCGAGAUUGGCGACAAGAUGCGCGACUGUUACGGCGAGUUUUGCUCCAAACACACGGAGAGUGUGGCGCUCUACAAGGACAUGCUGAAGGCGGAUCGAAGAUUCCAGGAGUUUAUCCGACGCUGCAGCCUGCACCCGCUGCUGAAGAAGAAGGGCGUGCCCGAGUGUAUCCUGUUCGUCACCCACCGCGUCACCAAGUACCCCCUGCUCAUCGAGCCACUCAUCAAGACCAGCCGCGACCAGGAGCACGAGAUCACCAACCUCACCAAGGCGCUACAGCUGGUCAAGGAGAUCCUGGUAGACGUGAAUGCUCAGGUGGCGGAAAAGCAAAAGGAGGCGCGGCUCCUGGAAAUCUACAACAAGAUUGACGCCAAGUCGACCGCCUUCUACAAGGGCAAGAAGUUCAAAAAGUCGGAUCUGCUCAGCGGCAACCGACGCCUCAUGUUCGAGGGCAGCGCGGCGCUGAUGCAGGCUCGCGGCCGGCCGCUGCUCGUGCAGGUGAUCGUCAUGUCGGACGUGGUGUUCUUCCUGCAGGAGAGUAACCAGAAGUACCACUUCGUCUCCCAGGAGGGCAAGGCCGGUGUGGUCUCCCUCCAACGACUGCUGGUGCGCGACAAAGCUGGCGGCGACAGCCGGGGCAUCUACCUGAUCUCCAACCUGAACGAGCCGGGCAUGUAUGAGAUGGACUGCACUAUGCCGAGGGACAAACGCAUCUGGAUGGAGUCCAUCAGUGAGGCGGUGAAGCAGUGUCCGUACGACUCUGUGGACGCCAAUGACGGUGAGGAGGCCCGCGCCCAGUCCGAGGCGCAGCUCACACAGGUGCGGCAGCUCAGUAAACUACUCAAGGACAAGGACCUGCAGAUGGCGCUGCUCUGUGAGGAGAAGCUGCGCAUCCAGGCGGAUAUCGUGGAGCUGAUCCAGCCGGACGACCAGCGACUGCAGGCGGCGCUCGGCUCGAUGACCUUCUCGUGCACACAUCUGGUGGACGAUGGAUUGGAGCCGACUGAGGCGCGACAGAUGCUGCAGACCGCCGUACAGGAGGCCACCAGGCUGGCGCCGCUGCUGUUCCCGGCCCAGGGCGCGCUGGCCCGGUCGGCCAGCUCGGUGGGAGAACACCACAGCAACGACUACGUGUCGCCCAUGCUGCCCAAACGAGCCGAGACGUUCGCCGGCUUCGACAACAGCGCGGCCACACCGGUGAAGCGCCGUGACCCGAGCGAGGAUAACAUUGACGAGGCCGCUGAGGACCAGGAGCUCGCUCAGGAGCCGGGGAAGGAGCAGGAGUCGCAGCCGCAGCCACAGGAGCCGGCGCCCAACCGGACUCAGGCGUCACCGGUGCUGUCGAGCGAGGCGUUCCAGCUGGCGGCGCUGCAGAUGCACCGCUCGCUGUCGACCAUGCUCUGCGUCAUAUCCCAGUCGGCAAAUAAUGUCGAGCUACUGAGGAGCUGUGUCCAGGAGGGCGGCGCUCUGGGCCGCGGCGGCGCCGGCAGCGGAGAGACCCGGCUGAACGCCAAGCUCGAGGAACUCAGGAACCUGCAGGACCGCUUCACCAAGGAAAAGACCGAGUGGAACAAGGACAGAGACAACCAGGAGAAGUGGAUCCAGGGCAAGAGGACCGAGCUGGCCAAACUGCAGGAGCAGCUGCGGCAGGAGCAGAGCGACGUGGGCCAGCAGAGGGAGCUGCUGUACCGCCAGCUGGACGCGCUGCGCUCGCAGGGCAUCCUGUUGUCGCCCAACCUGCAGGUGGUGACCACCGCGCAGCCGGCCGCCCCCGCCGCCGCCCCCGCCUCCGCGGACGACGAGAGCGGCCCGGCGCCGCCGCCCACCACCGCCGGGGCGGCCGGGCCCGCCGCCAACCGGCCGGCGCCGCCCAAACUGAAGCCCUCCAGCUCGAUGGUGCGGCGGGACGGGCCUCCGCUGCCGGCCCACCUGCUGAGCUCCAUCAACCAGCAGAAGGCGGCGGCGGCAGCCGGCGCGCACCCUCCGCCCGUCAAACAGGAGCUGCCCAUGAAACUGGCCAAGCUGUCGGCACUGGGCGGCGGGGGAGGUGGCGGCGGAGAGACUAGGCGGCCACCGCCGGCCGGAGGCUCGCCGUCCGCCGCGCCCGGCCAGCAGGGCGGCUCGCCGGCCGGCGUCCAGCAGAUGCUGCCCAUGAAACUCAGCCAGGACCGGCCGGGCCGCAGCGGCGGCGGCUCCAGCUCUGCGGGCUACCACCGGCUGACGGGCGGUGGUGGCGGUACGCCGCAGCGGCAGGCCGCCCAGCGCACCAACACCUACCCCAAGAUGCCGUCGCGGCCGACGCCGCCGCGCCGGCCGGCCACCACAACAGUGACACACCUGGUGACCACCAGCCAGCCGACCUCCACCGUCAGCGGCGCCGUACAGACGCGCUCGCACACGGCCGGCCGGCCCGAGCUGCCGCCGCGGCCGGCCGCCCCCGCCCCCGCCCCGGCCCCCAGCUCGGCGCCGGCCGCCGCCGCCGACUCCGAGGAGAUAUUGUUCUUCUGAGCGGCUGGGCGGCCGCUGGAGACGGAUCAUUCCUGGCGCGCUGUGACCGCGGCCCGCACCGGCCGCGCCGACACCUAACCUGUAACAUUCAGAAUCUAAGCGAGACUAUUUUUCUGCGCCACCAGGCCGUUUGUGCCGGCCGGCGGAGCGAUCGCCGCCCGGCAGGCACGGACGGUGAUUUCUUAGGCUCCCAGGCGGGGCGAGCGUUUUACGGCGGCGGCCGGCGGGUCGGUUUUGGCCGCCGGCCGCGUGCCGCCCGUUGUUACAGCGUCUCCUGAGAGGUCAGGAGAGCGAGCUCGUCAUUCCAGGUGCCGCCGCCUUUGUCCGGCGGUGGGGCGCGGCGGCGGCGCGGCGUCCCGAGCCGCCGACUGUGCUGUUUUACCUACUUACGGCGGCGGGCGCCGGGGAGGGCCGGGAGGGGCAGAGGUGUCCCGUUCUGGGGACGGGGCCGGGUCGCUGUUAUCUGUGGGGAGGGGUGUCACCCAGCUAUCGAUCAAAGAGGAGAGAGAGACCGUCCGUGCGCCGCCAGAGCUGUAUUUAUUGGUGUGUCGGCGUUCCCGCAGCCUCGUACGAUUUGACCAGAUGUCCAGCACGUGCGGCCCGGAGCGGCACGGCACGCGCCUGUUGGGGCCCACGUGCCACGUGUCGCGGCAGCUAUACGCGCUGACAAGCAGAGGUGUUUUGUAGUAAGCGAUUGUACCCUCUCACCGCCGAAUAAACCUGUUUGUUACA